GAAGUCGGUUGGGUGUUUAUAUAAUGAAGAAUUAUGGGGCUGUUUGACCGAGGUGUUCAAAUGCUUUUAACCACCGUUGGUGCUUUCGCUGCCUUCAGUCUGAUGACCAUAGCUGUGGGAACUGACUAUUGGCUCUACUCCAGAGGGGUUUGCAAGACCAAAAGUGUCAGUGAGAAUGAAACCAGCAAAAAGAACGAGGAAGUUAUGACCCACUCCGGAUUAUGGAGAACCUGCUGCCUAGAAGGGAACUUCAAAGGUCUCUGCAAGCAGAUCGAUCACUUCCCGGAGGAUGCAGAUUACGAGGCUGACACAGCAGAAUACUUCCUCCGGGCCGUGAGGGCCUCGAGCAUUUUCCCAAUCCUGAGUGUGAUUCUGCUUUUCAUGGGUGGACUCUGCAUCGCAGCCAGCGAGUUCUAUAAGACUCGACACAACAUCAUCCUGAGUGCCGGCAUCUUCUUCGUGUCUGCAGGUCUGAGUAACAUCAUUGGCAUCAUAGUGUACAUAUCUGCCAAUGCCGGAGACCCCUCCAAGAGUGACUCCAAAAAGAAUAGUUACUCGUACGGCUGGUCCUUCUACUUUGGGGCCCUGUCCUUCAUCAUCGCCGAGAUGGUCGGCGUGCUGGCCGUGCACAUGUUUAUCGACCGGCACAAACAGCUGCGGGCCACAGCCCGCGCCACGGACUACCUCCAGGCCUCCGCCAUCACCCGCAUCCCCAGCUACCGCUACCGCUACCAGCGCCGCAGCCGCUCCAGCUCCCGCUCCACCGAGCCCUCACACUCCAGGGACGCCUCCCCCGUGGGCCUCAAGGGCUUCAACACCCUGCCGUCCACAGAGAUCUCCAUGUACACCCUCAGCAGGGACCCCCUGAAGGCCGCCACCACGCCCACCGCCACCUACAACUCCGACAGGGAUAACAGCUUCCUCCAAGUUCACAACUGUAUCCAGAAGGAGAACAAAGACUCUCUCCACUCCAACACAGCCAACCGCCGGACCACCCCCGUAUGAAGCUACGGGGGCCUCGCAAGCGCCGCCUGCCGGGUCCCAGGCAGA